AUGGCGAGAAGCGAAAUUAACCAUAUGGAUCUUUCAACAGAAAAAUGGUUAUCUGAAAUACUGGAAAUGGAUGUUCCUGCCCUCUGUUAUCAGUGGCCGAUGAUGAACUCCAUUGACCAAUCUGUUAACGAGGACAUCCUUUUCAACCGAUUCUCCUCCUCGGAUCAUGAGAGCUACCCAAUUCAUCCAUCCUCCAGUAUAAAGAACAAGCAACUUCAUGAAGCUUCUCAAACUAGUGGCGUUAGUCUUAGCCAACCCAUCCAGCUCAUCAACAAUGACAAAGAUUCGAGAUUAAUCUGCACAUCCCGAAAGCCCCCUUCUUCUCCGUCCCCCAGAAUUAUUUCGUUCGGGGCUGGGACCUGCAACUACCCAAAACACACUGUCAAGACCAAGUCAGAUAAGAUGAUGCAUCUUGGAACUGCAUACUACUCUUAUAUUUCUCCCAAUUCCUUUAAUCAGGAACCAUCUGAAGCUCUAGAAUAUGGUGUCAGCAGCCCCUUUGAAAAGGGUUUCUCUGGGACACCCGUGCGGGCUCAAGAUCACAUUUUAGCAGAAAGGAAACGACGACAAAAGCUGUCCAAGCAUAUCGCUGCUUUAUCAGCUGUAGUUCCUGACUUAAAGAAAUUGGACAAGGCCUCUGUGCUUGGAGGUGCUGUAAAGCAUAUAAAACAGCUCGACAAACGAGUCAAGUUUUUCGAGAAAGAAGAGAAAAAGAGGAAUCAGCUGGAGGAAUUGCUUGUUUCUGCAAUGAAGAAACCUCGUCCUAAUAACGACAAUUCAUCUUCAUCCGCGGAGAACGUCUCUAAUAACAGUAGCUGUGAUCAUCACUCCUCAUCAUCUGUUGAGGUUCAAGUAACAAGCUCAGGAGGUGAUAUGCUAAUCAAAAUCGAAUGCAAGAACCACGAAGGGAUCUUAUUGGGAUUCAGUUCCCUAAUGAAAAGGAUUCAUUUGAAUAUAACCAGCAGCAGCUUUAUGCAAUUUGGGCAUGGCAUGCUCUUUAUUGGUGCAGUUGCGCAGGUGGAUGAGAAAUUCAGCGUGACUGCAGAGUUUCUUGCAAAUAACAUACGACAGGCUCUGCUAAAGCUCUGA